GUCGUCAUCAGCUGAUGUUCACUCCGACCUUCUCCUCCACUGCGGGAGACACGGACAUCUAAACGUCUCCAUCCGCAGCGCUUCAAAUAUAUCCCGUACCGAAGCAUGGCGAGCCAAUCUCAGGGCAUCCAGCAGCUGCUGCAGGCGGAGAAACGAGCCGCGGAAAAGGUCGCAGAAGCCCGUAAAAGAAAAAAUCGUCGUCUGAAGCAAGCCAAAGAGGAGGCACAGGCUGAGAUUGAGCAGUACCGUCUGCAAAGGGAGAAAGAGUUCAAGACAAAGGAGGCUGCGGCCCUGGGGUCCCAUGGAAACUCUGCUGUAGAGGUGGAUAAGGAGACCGUGGAUAAGAUGAGACACAUCCAGAGCAGUUAUCAGAAGAACAAGGAAGCUGUGCUUGUAAACCUGCUGAAGAUGGUGUGCGACAUCAAGCCAGAGAUCCAUGCCAAUUACCGUGUUGCUGGAUAAACCCCACAUCUGUUACCAUUCCCAAAGACCCACAAAGCGCUGAGACAAAGACUGCUACUAGACUUAUCUGGUUACAAUCCUGAUGUUUAGAUAGCUGGACUACACUGCUUAAUAAUACACUUCUUAUCCACAUUAUGACAUUAACACAUUUCCUAGGGUUUAAACAGACAUUCAUUGAUACCUGAACUAGUCAGUGGUCAUGGUACCACACACACACACACACACACACACACACACACAUUUUUCAUUGUUUGCAAAUAUAUCUUUGAUAUGGUCCCAUGCAAGUCUUUGUCUCUGUUCUUUUAGUUAACUGUAGUAUUGUUCAGUAUAUUAGAGUGAGUUUCUUUGUGAAUGAUAACUUUAAAUGCUUGUAUCUUGAUGCUACAAUCUUAAUUUGUAAGUAAUCAGAUGUUGUUUUAUCUAAUUGAUGUGUACAAUAUAAAUAUUUUGAUGGAUUUUCUUUGUGUGACAAAUCUCAUAGUUGUCAUAAUCUUAACGUAUUCAUAAUUAAAUACAGUCCUCCUGCGCUCUUCUUCUGUAUAUGUAGAUUGCAGUCCUCUAUUUCAGCCUGCUGUAAUAAAUGUUUGUGUACAAAUGGA